AUGGGAGAUUUGCAGGAAGAUGUGAAGUUUAUAGUGGAUGAGACCUUGGACUUUGGAGGGCUGUCACCAUCGGACAGUCGUGAGGAGGAAGACAUAGCAGUGUUGGUGAUUCCGGAGAAACCCCUCCGACGAGGCCUCUCCCACCGAAGUGACCCAAAUACAUUGGCCCCCACCCCCCAGGGUGUGAGGUUCAGCUUAGGCCGCCUGAGCCCAGAGAAGCUGGAGGAGAUCCUCCAUGAGGCCAACAGGUUGGCAGCGCAGCUGGAGCAGUGUGCUCUACAGGAUCGGGAGAGGCCGGGCGAGGGCGCAGGGUCUCGCAGAAUGAAGCCCAGCCCUCGGCGGGAGACCUUUGUGCUGAAGGACAGUCCUGUCCGAGACCUGCUGCCCACUGUGAGCUCUUUGGCUCGGAGCACCCCCUCUCCAAGCAGCCACACACCCCGACUCCGGAGCAGCGAUAAGAAGGGGUCAGUCAAGGCUUUUCGGACAACGUCUGGAAAGAGGUCCUCCAGUGUGAAGAGGGAGUCGCCCACUUGCAAUCUGUUCUCCACAUGUAAAAGCCCAGCAUCUUCUCCUCUGACCCGAUCGACUCCUCCGACCAGGGGAAAAGCUGGGCCCAGUGGGAGAGCAACAACAAGCCCACCUGUCCCCGUCAGACCAGCCUUGGCCCCACAGCCUUCUACCAGCAACUCUCAGCGCCUGUCUCGGCCACAGGGAGCAGCUGCUAAACCUUCCAGCCGACUGCCCGUCCUCUCGGCCAUCCCCAAGCCAGCCAGCCGAGUGCCACUCACCAGCCGGAGUGUACCACCCAGCAAAGGUGCCCUAGCUCCAGAUUCAGUGUCAAUUCGGAAAGGACUUCCAAGACCAAGUGCUGCAGGGCACAGAGGUAAGGAAGAAUCCCAUCAAGUUCCUGUUUCCCAGCGACCAAAUCUUCCUGGUGCCACUCGCAGCAAUCUGCAGCUCCCCAGGAAAGUUGCAGUCCCAGGACCUACCAGGUAA